AUGGGAGCAACCCCUUUUCACCACUCCAUUCUCGAGGUCCGGCUGCCGAAACAUUUCUACAAGCCAACGGACAUGAGAUACGACGGAACCCAAGAUCCUCAAGAACACCUAACGGCCUUUGAGGCCAGGAUGAACCUGGAGGGUGCGGGCGACAAGGUGAGAUGUCGCGCCUUUCCCGUGACCCUGGCUGUACCGGCAAUCCGAUGGAUCAACGCACUCCCUCAAGGGUCCGAGACGACUUUCGCAGACAUAACCUGUGGCUUUCUAGCACAAUUUACCACGCGCAUUGCAAACGCCAAGCACCCGAUCAACCUUCUAGGGGUGACCCAAAGAAAUGGAGAACUGACCAGGAAGUAUCUUGACAGGUUCAACGACGAAUGCUUAGAGAUUGACGGCCUGACCGACUCGGUGGCCAGCCAGUGUCUGACAAACGAGUUGUUGAAUGAAGACUUCAAAAAAUACCUCACUACCAAACCUGUGUGGACCAUGCCGAAAAUUCAGAAUGUGGUGAGAGAAUACAUCAACGACGAGGAGGUCAGCCAAGUGGUGGUGGCCAACAAACGGCAACUCGCCCAUCUUCCUACCCGCCAGCCCGAAAAUCGGGAAAGGCCCAAGGAGCACUCCAAGGACAAAGGGUCGACUAAACCCUUUAAACUGUUCCCCCGAAUAGGAAAAUUCAUGAACUAUAUCCCUCUGACUGCCCCGAUCGUUAAGGUAUACCAAUAA